AUGGACCCGGAUAUUUGGAAGCAAGCAUAUGUUGUUUGGUUUAGUGUCAUUGCUUGGUUACUCCCUUCUUUAAUUUCAGCAUUUUUUUAUUUUAAAAUAUGCACAACUGUUUGGAAAUUACCUUUUUGGCAAAUUCAACACGACGAUAAUGACAAUAAUUUAAAACCACAAAAAGUUUCAAAUUCAAUUGAAGCCAGUUGUCGAUUGACGCGGGAAUAUGUUGAGGUCCUUAGAAAAAGUUCUACAACCUUUCAAAAUCAAGUGACUGAAUUUGACAAGAAGAGGAUUAAAACGGUCAGACUAACCCUAAUUAUCGUCAUGUGCAACUUUUUUCUUUGGCUUCCUUUCUGUGUUAUUAAUGUACUUCAAGCAUUUGCUCAUAAAUGGGCUUGGGGAAGUGGACAAACAAUAAUUACACAAAUUGCAAUUUUGGGGAAUUUAAAUGCUUGUGUAAAUCCUUGGAUUUAUAUUUUGUUUAAUAGGAAAAUUACAAAGAGAGCAUUGGGGACGAUUUUUUGCAGAAAUGAAUCUGUGGAAAUUUCAUCACAAAAAGCUCCUUCACGUCACAGUUAUGGCCCUACAAGUUUUUUGAUUAAACAGAAGGUUGAGUCUGAGAGUCAGACUUGA